AUGGAGGCCGACGAACACCUGCCUGGCACCGAGCGCCUGUUCCCCGCCGUGGAUGGGGAGAUCACGCUGAUUCCCACACCCACGGACUCGCCCGACGAUCCGUUGAACUGGAGUCCCGCGCGACGCUACUAUCACGCCUUUCUGGUGCUGUUGGUGGUGGGUUUCACCGCCGCCACCUCCAACGAUGCGGGCACGGCGGGCAACGGGAUGAACGAGCAGCUGGGCAUCUCCUGGGACGCCAUCAAUGUCGCCGCCGGCGUGCUGUUCGUGGGGAUCGGAUACUGUACCUUGCUGCUGAGCCCGGCGCCGUUUCUGUACGGUCGCCGCAUCUCCUACCUGCUCUGUCUGCUCUUCUCCAUCAUCGGGUCCAUCUGGUUCGCCCGCGUGCAGACCACCGAAGACAACAUCUGGAACCAGCUGUUCGUUGGCGCCUCUGAGUCGUGUGCCGAGGCGCUGGCCCAGCUGUCGCUGUCCGACCUGUUUUACCAGCAUCGCCGUGGCUUCGUGCUGGGCGUGUACGUGCUGGCCACCAGUGUGGGGACCUUUCUCGGCCCGCUGGUGGCCGGUUUUAUCCUCGACAGCCCCCUGCUCGGGUGGCGCUGGGUCGGCUGGCUGGGCGCCAUCAUCUCCGGCGGCUUGCUGGUCCUUUGCUAUUUCACCCUCGAGGAGACCGCGUUUGACCGCAAGGCCGUCAUCCACGGGUUGAACGUGCAGCCCGGCAGUGGUGCGGGUGUCGCGGCCGCGGCGACCGACGAGAAGAUGAAAGGGAUGACGGAGAUGGAGACGGAAACCCUCCCGGUGACCCCCCGGUCGAACGACGACGCCGAGGAUGGGCGCAGCAAGCAGCAGGGCAAGACAUACUGGCAGCGGGUGGCGCUGAUCACGCCAUCGCCGACGAUGGUGGGCACCGGGUUCAAGCAGUACUACCAACGGCUGUACCACACGCUGCGGGUGUUUGCCUUCCCCGCGGUGCUAUACUCGGGUCUGCAGUGGGGGGCGCAGGACGCGUGGCUGACCUUCUACCUGACGGUCGAGGAGGACAACUGGUACGAUGCGCCGUGGUUCUACACGGACGCGGCGGUGGGGAUCAUGAACGUGCCGACGCUGAUCGGGGCGGCCAUCGGGUGCGUGUACGGCGGCUGGUUCUCCGACGUGUUUGUACAGUGGAUGGCGCAGCGCAACGGGGGCGUGUUCGAGGCCGAGCAGCGGCUGUGGUUGAUGUUCCCCGUCGCCCUGAUCGGACCGGCGGGGCUGAUGCUGUUCGGCAUCGGCUCCGACCUGGGCUGGAACUGGCCGUGGCCGUACGUCGGCCUGGGCUUCAUCGGCUUCGGCUGGGGCUGCGCCGGCGACCUCAGCAUGGCGUAUCUGAUGGACGCCUACCCGGAGAUGGUGCUGGAGGGGAUGGUGGGCGUGUCGGUGAUCAACAACACCAUCGGCUGCAUCUUCACCUUUUCGGCGCAGUACUGGAUCGACGCGCAGACCCUGACCCAGGUCUUUGUCGCCAUCGGCGUCCUCUCCUUUGCCUUUAUCAUGACCACCGCCCCCAUGAUCUACUGGGGGAAGGCCUGCCGCCGCAUGACCCGCCGCCGCUACGAGGAUUUCCUGCGCAUCCGCGAUGGCCAUCUCUGA